GGGCGCAAUGGAAGUCUCACCAACCUUUAUUUACCGUCCAGUUCUGCGGAAAAAGUGGCGAAACAGUCGAGAUACACGCUGCGUUGUCACUUGAGAGCCUGAUUUAGGAAGAGAACAGACUUGGGUUUAAGAGAUCAUGGAAGUGCCUGAAGGCCUGGGAGUCAACCCGGAUAUUCGUGCAGAGAAUGUGACCCUUGAUCUGGAGGAUAGAGAGCACCAGACGGGCUGGGUGAGAGUGAGGGUGGAGGAGAGCUGGUUCACUGUGGAGCGGGCCUUGCUCGUGAGAUACAGCAACUACUUCUCUGCCCUCUUUCACUCUGGGAUGACGGAAUGUCACCAGGACGAGCUCUACCUGAAGGGAGGAGUGCAUGCAAGGGGUUUCCUCAUUGCCCUUGGUGUCUGCAGGGGAGAGGUCCCUGCUAUCAGUGACCCAGAUGAGCUUGUAGAAGCUGUAGAGUGUGCUGCAUUCCUGCAGGUUGCAUGUUUGGUGCAGCACCUUUGUGACAUUAUUGACUCAGACAACUGCCUCUUGCUUUACCAUGCAGCCUCCAUCUUCGGGGUGCAUGCACUCUUUCACAAUGCUGCUCUUUUCCUUCGUGACGCUUUUGAUGAUUUGAAGGAUGCAGCAGAGAGUUUGAUUCCUGAAGACCUUCUUCAAUAUUCUCAAUCAUUGUCUCCUGCUUCUUAUAUUGCUUUAGGCACACACUCUCCUUCAAUGGAACUGCUACAGGACUCCUUUAGGGUUGUUUGCUACCUUGAUGAAAAAGAGGGAGAUUGGAAGCAUCUGACAAACCUCCCAACUCUCUGUAGCACCUCCAUGGCUGGAGUGGCAGUGCUUGACAAUCGAUUGUACAUCGUGGGGGGAGUUUACGGUUACGGUAAGGACACAGUGGACAGCAGCUUCUGCUACAACCCUGAGUCAGGGGUUUGGACUGUUCUUCCAGGUCCCCAGCAACUAAGAUAUGACUUCACCCUGCUAGGGUAUGAGGGCAGACUCUACGCCAUUGGCGGCGAAUUCCAAAAACGGACAAUUUCCACAGCAGAGAGUUACAACGUUGAGAAAGGGGAGUGGACAUUUAUACAACAUGCACCAAGACCUGUACUAUCUGCAGCAUGUGCUGUUGCAAGACGGCGGAUGUUUGUUUGCUUCUGGAUACCACCAGACACCACAGACAUAUAUGAAUACAUACAAGUGAAAGACGAGUGGAAACUUGCAACCACCAUGAUCAAACCUCAAAGCUAUGGUCACUGCAUGGUAGCCCACAGAGAUAAUUUAUAUGUGAUGCGCAAUGGGCCGUGUGACGACUUCCUGCGCUGUCUAAUGGACAGCUACAACAUCACGACAGGCCAGUGGACAGCCAUGCCCGGACACUACAUCAACAGCAAGGGGGCGCUGUUCUCUGCAGUGAUAAGGGGGGACUCUGUGUUCACUGUGAAACACAUGCUAACUCUUGAAUACACCAUCACGGGAGAUGGAUGGAAGCCCCGCAGGCAGAUGAAGGGGUUUCCAAAAAGUGGUUCACUGUGGACGUGUUUACUCAGGCUUCCCAAGACAGGACCCGUUAUACCACAGCUGGAUGCAGAUGGGGAGGACGAAGAGAUGUCUUUGCCAGACACAUCUGAAGGAUUUGUGGAAGCUGUACCGCAACUGUGAAAUUACUGCAAAACUGAAAAACAAUGUUUUGCUUUUAGGAGUUUCUGAAAGUCUGAGAUUUAUCUCAUACUAGACGAUUCUGAUUGCAUAGUGACACAAAUGUUCUUCGUUUCAAUGCACUAACACUGCACACACACACAUGCUGACACUACACAUUUGUUCUGAUUAGCAACAGCUGCUACAGUAGUUUAUUUUAGGGGAGGCCACUGUGCAUGCGUGUGUGUGUGUGUGUGUGUGUGUGUGUGUGUGUGUGUGUGUGUGUGUGUGUGUGUGUGUGUGUGUGUGUGUGUGUGUGUGUGUGUGUGUGUGUGUGUGUGUGUGUGUGUGUGUUUGUGUGCAAAGUUCAAAGGCACUGACGGGAUGUUCUAAACCUCUCAUUCUCUACGUUUUUCCUGAAGUCACACUGGGCCAAUUCAGGAGCCACCGGCCUCCCAGUCGACAUAAAACACACCACAGCUCUCACACACACACACUCUUGGAUACUCACUUUCCCAGGUUUGCUGCCCCCAUGAGUGAUUAUAAUACCUUUCUGUGGGAGAAUACAUUACACAUAGCCUCAAGCUUG